GUUUUGUAUUUUUCAGGUGAACUCAAUCAUGGGGAUCCUCAACUCGGUAUACGGGCUGAUUGCGGGUCCAGAAAACAUGUUCUUCUUCAUAUUGACCGGAUCUUCUUGGCAUACUAGUGAAGUCUUGACUCUCGUGACCUGGUUUGCGUUGGCGGCCAACCUGGUGUUCUUGCUCAUUUGCUGCCUCAUGAUCCACGGCGUGCGACUGGAGAAGCGUUGUCUGCUGCUGCCAUGGAUCGUGUGGUCGUGUCUGUACAUAUUGUUCCUGAUCUUUUCGGUGGUGAUCAUCUUUCUGGCUGGGACCGGAGACCUGCGGCUUCUGGCACUCGCCGUCGGCCUAAUAUUUUUCGUGGGCGCCUGGGCGUACUUCACUCUAGUUGUCGUCGCUUUCUUCCAGGCUUUGCGAGGCGGUUAUGCCCUUGACCAACCAACGUUGCCAGUGUGGAACCAAAAGGAUCACUACUGAGAGAAAACGCAUGAAAUUCAACGCCAUUUUUUCAGCUACCCUUCACCCCUGAAAAGUGCGUCCAAGAUUCCGGGGAAGUUUGUAAGCAGCGACACCUGGAAAUAAUUUGUCAUAUCUGCCAUCGAUAAAUUACGUAGAUGUCAGUCUUGUAGUAUUUUGCUUUCCGUGCUUAUGUCUCGUCGGAUAUAAUGAGGCAGUCUUGCCUAUUACACAGUCUUACGGCGCCCGAAAGGAAAAAUAAUUUCGUGUUGUGAGGGCAACCGUUGCAAAAUUAUAACCUUAUUUUUUGGCAAUCCGUCAUCUGAAGCUUCGAAAUGUUUGCGAACGAUUUUAUUUGUUUGAAUUUGAAGGGGAAAAAAUCGGAAAACCGUCAGGAGAAGUUCUGGAGGAAGACAUCGGCGUGAUGAUUCGAGAAUUGUUGAGAAACUUUUUUUUGAAUGCGGCAUUUUUUAGGGAAGCCUCGAAUUCGGUUUUCUGUGUCGAACUUUUUUGUUUCCGUGACAGGUAUAGAAUGUGUUUGCGUUUGUUUUGAUGCAUGUGAGUUGAGAAGAAUGAGAUUUCACAGAGUUGUGUAAGGAGCAUCUCGCGUUCGUGGUAUUUAUCUGCUGCUGUUUUUUUAAUUCUUAAAGGAGAGGUGAUGUGAGAACGAAGUCAGUUUGUAAAACUCCGCAAACUGAAGAUUUUGUGAAUGACCGAGCUGUUUCUUUUUCAGCAAUUAAACACGGAUUUGAGAAGAGGACGA